AUGGCGACCACUCACGCUUUUGCCGUUGUCAAGAACAAUUGUUAUAAAGCUCCAAGGCUCUCAAACACCGACAUGCCGGCCAGCAUGAAGGAAAUUAACGAACAAACAUCGUUUUCUCAAAGUUCCGAAGGCGACGAAGUGUCCUUGGAUGAUAGAAAUCGUAGAAAAACUCGUAGUUCAACUGGCCGCAAGCGACAUAUCAACAAAGGCCGAGAUAAAUUUAUACAAAGCUUUGAAGCAGGUGACGAUGUCAGCGAAGAACAGUUCUAUGAGAAUCUAUUAAAAUUGCGAGAGGAACAUAAAAAGACUUUGAAAUUUCUGGAGACGAAAUAUUAUAACGAAUUAAGAAAGGAAAAGAGUUUUCAAUGGCAGGGUUUUCAAGAAGGAGUUGGACUAAGCGAAUCGAAUAGUACUGCAAAUAUUAUGGAGAAACGUGAUAUGGAUAAGUCGCAUGGUAAAAAUCCAAAGUCUUCCACUCGUGAUUUCGUCAAAGAUCUCUCUCAUCUAACAAAUGGUUCAGUAGAAGAUAGAGAUGAAAGUGAUGAGUCGUUUGAUGAAAGUGAAGAUGAAGUUGUAAUGGAAGAAAAGGCAUCAUCACCGAGCACUCCUGAAGAGUUCUCAAGCUCUUUGUUCCCCAAGAGAUCUGCAACAAUGGAUAUGGUUGAACAUUUAUGGAAGGAUUUCUCAGUUCAAGAUUACACAGCUGUUGAUGAUGACACUCUUGAGACAGCACCUGCAGGGGAAACAGAGAAAAUGGCAAAAGAAAAGGAAUGGACUCCAUCAAUCACAGUGCCUAAACCAUUCACGAUGACUUUACGGGAGGCGACGAAAGAGAAACGAAAGACGCGUUCCAUGCAAAUGCUUGAGGAAGAACUGGUUCUCAAGAAAUCCAUGGAAGAGGUGGAACUAAAGAAAAAAUUCCGAGCCCAGCCUGUCCCAGCGACGACAUUCCUGCCUUUGUACGAUGAUAUUAUGGACAAGAACAAACGAAGGAGCGAACAUAUUCGCGACAUCAACAAGGCCAUCCUGAAGGCGACGGAGAAACCAUUCAGCUUUGUUAAACGCGAGGAAAUGAAGAAGCAUUUGAGGGAAGAGGAACGAAGGAAGGCUGAACAGCAGAAGGCAAGAGAAGAGACAAAGCGUGCUUCGUUCAAGGCCAAACCACCACCAAAACACCAGGACGAUCUCACCCUUGCGGACAGGCAGACGGAAGAAGAUGAAUACAGGAAGAUACGGAAAAAACUUCGCGCAGCUGAGCUGCUUGCUCAGUCUCGUUUACCCCCGAGCAUGGAGGCGCGGGAGAACGUCACAGCUGCGGCGAAAUCGCGCAAAAAGUGUCGCAAAUCUCGCGAGCAAAAGUCGCAAUUUCGACCGAACAUCAAUCCGGAUGUGCCCGACUUCGACGCGUUGCACUGGGAGUUUGAGAAAGAGCUGAGGAAACGCAAGAAAGAACGACAACCGACUGUGGUCGAACCAUUUCAUUUGAAGACGGCGCAUAUACCUCGAGCCAAGAGCACUUUGAUACGUGCACGAUCCAUGGAGAACUUAAGUCGCAGCGUUGGGGAUUCACCUAGUGUCCCGCGAAAAAGACAGAAUAGACCUUACAGCGCACGGUUGUCAUCGUCCCAGGAUACCCUGCCAUUCGGAACCACAGAGUCGGUACGGCUUCGGGACAGCGCCGUAAGGAAGAGCUUGGAAGUACAGAAACAGAAAAAUGAUGAAACGUUGAAAGCAAAAAGAGCGAGGCAGAAACGCGAGAAAGAACUUCGCUCUCAAGUCACGGUGAAAGCGAUGGCAAACGAUCAUUCUUGGCAGCUGAGGAACAGCAGCAAACAGAAAUUGAAAAGCUUCAAGGAAAGUGAAAGCGUCCGUCAAGAGGAAUACGAGAAUGAACUGGCUGAGAUGAAUCGCCGCGUUGAACAACGACCUCUCCUCUUCGAAAGAGAAUCGCAGGAAAACGCCAGGAGAAAGGCAGAAAAGAAAUACAAACAGAUACUGCGAGACGCUGGCGUGGAUGAUCAUCUCGUGAGCAGACUGGUAACCAAAGAUGGUAACAUCAUCGAUGCUGACGACAGCGACGGUAGUGCUGGGGAUCUCGAGGGACGCAAUGGUGAUGAUGACGAGUAUCCUUUGAGUGAUCAUGCCGCUCGAUCCGGGUCUGAGAAUAGUCAUGGGGUAGUCUCAGAUCAGGAGUACGAGGAUGACUAAGUAAUAUUUCGAGACAAAUAACUGUAAUAUGUAUAUAAUGCAAUUGAAUGUUAGAUAGCCAAAGCCUACGUCUAUCGGUGUCUGUUCAACUCCGAAAUAAAACUCAAGUUUUUUAAUAGAACUUUGGUCUGGUGAUUUGCCGUUUUUGAAAGUGAAAGC